ACCAUUUUGUGAUGCCCAUCGUCAUUUCCUGCCUCUCAGCACUCGCCCUGUACUUCCUUGUGACUCAUUUGUUUACUAAAGUCGUGUGAAAAAAACGUCGUUAUAUGUUUAAAGAACACAUUUGAAGAAGCCACCAUACAACAAGAGUGUGACAAAGUUAUUGAGACAGCAUGUGGAAAGCUCAGGCAGGCCAUCAGAUUACUGCCUGUGAUAAUGGCAAUGAUGAUGAUGACUGGGAGACAGAUGCUGACUAUGUCAAUAACAUGACAGAAGAGGAGCAGAGAUAUGGUACAAAGAGAGACUUGGAUGCUAUUGAUAUGACGAAAUACAGAGAAGAGACAUUGAAUGCAGAUGCUGAAUUGAAGCGCGUACAACAAGAAGAAGGACCAAAAGCAUCGUAUGGAUAUGGAGGAAAGUUUGGAGUACAGAAAGACAGAAUGGACAAGAGUGCUGAAAGCCAUGAAUAUAUUGGGAAAGUGGACAAGCAUGUUUCACAGAAAGACUAUGCAUCAGGGUUUGGAGGAAAAUUUGGUGUCCAGAGUGACCGUCAAGACAGUUCUGCAGUGGGUUGGGAUCACAUAGAAAAGGUUGAUAAGCAUGAGAGCCAGAAAGAUUAUUCAAAGGGAUUUGGAGGAAAAUUUGGUGUUCAGAAAGACCGCCAAGAUAGAUCGGCCUUAGGCUGGGAUCAUUUAGAGGAUGUUGAGAAACAUGGUUCUCAGAUUGAUUACAAUCGUGGUUUUGGUGGAAAGUUUGGGGUGCAGACUGACCGGCAGGACAAGUCUGCCUCAGGGUGGGACCACAUUGAAAAAGUUGAUAAACAUGAGAGUCAAAAAGACUACUCCAAGGGAUUCGGAGGCAAGUUUGGCAUACAGAAGGAUCGGCAAGAUAAAUCAGCAGCUGGCUGGGACCACAUUGAGAAGGUGGAUAAACAUGAGAGUCAGAAAGAUUACUCAAGGGGUUUUGGUGGCAAAUUUGGUGUGCAGAGUGACAGGCAAGACAAGUCUGCAGCAGGCUGGGACCACAUUGAGAAAGUUUACAAACAUGAAAGUCAGAAAGACUACUCUAAAGGAUUUGGUGGGAAAUUUGGCGUACAGACGGAUAGGCAGGACAAAUCUGCUGCUGGUUGGGACCACAUUGAGAAAGUGGACAAGCAUGAGAGUCAGAAAGAUUACACACAGGGCUUUGGCGGCAAAUUUGGUGUGCAGUCUGAUCGGCAGGACAAAUCUGCUGCAGGCUGGGACCACAUAGAGAAAGUGGAAAAACAUGAAAGUCAGAAAGAUUAUGUUGUUGGUUUUGGGGGCAAGUAUGGUAUCCAAAAGGAUCGACAGGAUAAGACUGCUGUUGGAUGGGACCACAUUGAGAAAGUUGAGAAACAUGAGAGUCAGACUGACCAUUCCAAGGGCUUUGGUGGCAAAUUUGGAGUGCAGAAGGAUCGAAUGGACAAGACUGCUCAUGUCUUUUCAGAGCCACAGGGUGGAAUUGGAACUAACUAUGAACCAACCAAGCCAGAAAAACCAGCGUCAGUAAAGGCAUCAAGUCUGCGUGCCCGUUUUGAAAACUUAGCUGUGAAUGAAGAAGAUGAAAGAAGGAAACAGGCAGAAGAGGAAAGGAAGAAACGCUAUGAGGGUGAUGCAGCAAUGAUUCAAAAGGAGAAAGUUAAAUUUCAUGAACAGCAACAACAAGAGGAGGAGAGGCUUAGGAGACAAAAUGAAGAGGAGGAAAGACUGAGAGAACAACGAAGGAAAGAGAUGCUGCAACAACAGAAAGACCUGGAGAUGGAGAACCAGCUUAAACAACAAGUCAACUUGGAACUAAGGGAAGCAACAGCAAACCCAACUCCAGCAGAGGACCUGGGAUCUCAGAAUAAGAUGGAGCAAAAAGUGGCAGCAAAGAAGCAGGCUGAGCGCGAGGCAGCUGAAGAAGCAGCGGCCAGGGCAGAGAAGGAGCGCUUGGAGGCGGAAGUACGCAGGCAAGAGCAGCUCCUUAUGGGUGACCCACAGAGUCCAGCUGCUGGAACAGAAAAUAGGCCAGAACCACCGACACAGGAAGAAUGCAUGGGAGUAACUGCAUAUGCUCUCUUUGACUACCAAGCAGCCGAUACUGAUGAAAUUUCUUUUGAUCCUGAUGACAUCUUAACCAAUAUUGAAAUGAUUGACGAGGGAUGGUGGAGAGGAUGGUGCAAUGGCCAAUAUGGGUUAUUCCCAGCAAACUAUGUGCACCUUCAUAGCCCAACUCAGUGAGGUCAGAGACUCUGGGAGGUUAAACGCCAUCCCAGAAACAGAUGACGAAUGGCAGGGUAUAAUAGAAGUUGCAGAUGAUGCUUGAAUAUUAACCAUGAGAAAAUAUCAUCAAUGGAAUAAUUCUGAUUUAAGGAUAUUUUUCCAUAUUGAAACUAGGUACAUUUCGGUGGCUGGCUUAAGAUUUUUCAGAAGUUUUAGAGAGAAGUGGAAAUAAUUUCCACAAGGGUAAGUAUGUGAUUAAGAUCAAAUUGAAUUUCACAAGCCACCUUGAACAAGAGCUAUGCAUAUAAUAUUUGGGAAGCAUCAAACCUCUCCAGAGAGUUGUGAUUGUUAUAAGUAAAACUCAAAAUAUCAAGUGUCUUGUCUUCUGUGUGUUUUUGCUCACACAACACAUUGUCACAAUUUCCAUAAAGGGGAUUAUAUUUUGAGAGCUGCAGGUUUAAUUUGUCUGUUAUAUACUUGUUGCUUGAUGGCCAAUAGGACUGUAUUAUCUUAAUGGCUCACCAAUACUGCAUUUGCACAUCUUCUCAGCCUUACAAUUUAUUGAUAAAAUGUGGAUAAGUUGUCUCUUUGGUGCUUUUUAUUUUUAACCUCCUAAAAUAAUGUAUAAAUGAUCAGUAACUACAAGUGUAUUGUUGAUUAUAAAAAUAUGGUGUCCCAUACUAAAAAAAAAAAAAAAAUCAGCACAUGCCAAACUUUGUCCAUACACUUGUGUUACUGCAUGCUAAUGUAUAUCUUGUACUUAGCAUUCCUUUCUCCUAAUUAUUUCAUCUUUGUUCUUCUGGAGCUCCAACCUCCUCCUAUUUAUUUUACCUGCUUUUUUAAAUAAUUAACACAACCUUAAAUUUAACAAAAAAAAUAAUAAUUUGUAAUUAAUUUAUCACUCUCUACACAGUAAAUCAUAUUCCUUUAUGAUAUAGUAUUACUCAAAACUCUCACUCUUAAUUAAUAUAACCCAUCUCUUUAUAAAUCCAUUUCUCCCACCUACAAUGUAUUGCCUGUCAGCAUAUUAUUUAAUGUUAGAAUAGUAUAAUUAUUUUAUGUUAGUGGAAAAUUAAAGGUUUUAUUUUACAGUAGUUAAUAAAUAUUUAGCCUCAAGUGGAAAAUCACAGAUAAAAUUAUUAAAAUAUAAUACAAUAUUUUAAUUAAGCUUUUCAAUGAGUAGCAAUAUACUGACAAUAUGUAGUUGAAAAUAGGUAAUCCAGUAUGUAUAACUGUGAUCUUUAACUUUAAGCCAUUGCUGAACAUAUCCAUUGAGGGUACCAUAAUAAUUGUUCUAGCACUAGGAUGCCAGGUGAUGGUUAUAUUCAGCAUCUGGUUAAGGUCAACUUUGAUGUAUAUUUCUUGGUGUCAUAGCAUACAUCUAUGAAUUGUUAAUAGUUAAGUACUAUUUAAAAGAUUUAGAUUUGUUUAGAUAUGCUUUGAAGAACUUAUCUAUCUGUCAGUAUUUUGGGAAGUUCAACUGAAUUUGAAGCUCGGUCCUCUGCAAUAUAAUGAAUACCUCAUUUAUGAUUUGAAGGUACAGUAUUCAAUUUCCUUCACUAAUUUUUACAUGAAAUUAACCAUGUUGCCUCCCAUUCUUGAUUUGAGGCAUGUAUCCAAGAUGCAUGUUUGUUAAAAAAAAAAAGAAAUAUUGUGUAAAGAACAAUAAAAUGUAAAGAAUUGUAAACUGUUUAUAAGUCUAAAUCUCAUACUUAUUCUUGAAUGGGUGUCAGUUAGGUAGUUGUCAUCAAUGGUGAAGAAUUUGUAAGACCUUGAGGGCCUCACACUACUGUACUAUACUGUCUCACUGUCACAGGUUCUUUACCACAGUGGUAAAAAAUAUAUGAGUUGGACAUUUGAUUAAGGGAAUAUAUGCCUAAUUAGUUCAUGUAGUUAUUUUGAUUAUUUGUGGCUUUUAAUAAGAUUGAAAGUUUAGUUUCAAUGUCAGGUUUUAGAUGCUGCUUCAUAUUUCACAAUAUUAUUUAGUAUGAAAUAGACUUAUUAUUAUUUAACUGGAGAAGAAACUUAAAAUAAUUAUUAUUAUUUGAAGAUGAUUUUAGCGAUGGUUAAUAUUUUGCAAAUUUAUUAGUUAUUGCACAUAAGGUAUUUUUAUAUAAUCAGUAACAAAUGUGGUAAAUAUCAGGGACUAGGAUGUGUCAAAUAUAUAAUAAUGGUUAAACCAAAUUAUUCCUACUUCAAAAAUGGCUUCCAGUUAGGGACUGUUUGUGUAUGGUUAUAUAAGUGUCAGAAUUGACACUUUUGAGAGAAGAAAAUACUGUAUACCAGGAGUAAUACAGUUUUAUAAGACUAAACAGUACAAUACUGAGAGAUACUAACAGUCCUCUACAAAAGUUUUUAUAUCAGUCUCUGUUAUUUGUUUGUUGAAUGAAUAGAUUCAAUGAAAUAAGUAGGAUCUUACCUAGCCUAUACAUGAAUUUGAAUUUUUACAAAACGGUUUUAUCAUUUCCACUCAAAGUUAAGAAUUCAAAACUACAGAAAUCUUUCAUAUUUACAGUUUGAACACAUACAGUAUAGUAUACUGUAUAUUUACUUAUUAUUAAAUCUAGUAUUUAGAAUUUAUCUCUGAAAAAUUCAUAAUAAAUAAGAAGAUUUUCAUGUAUAUUGGAUCUUUUUGCCAGACUGAUGUUUUUUAGAGUAUCUUUCAAAUUUUUUCUUGUGCCCAUUUGAACUCAUCCCUACAUGUAAUGCAGGAAAACCAGGCAAAAUAUUUUCCAGUCCUUUUAGUCACAUACAUCUUUGAUUUUGUAGUGACAAGAGGGAUAUGGUGAAAUAUCAUAAUAUAUCAAAAGUAAAAUGUGAUGAGUAAGCUUAUGAGAAUGUGUAUACUGUACAUGGUAGAGGAAGUAGGAAGAGCAAUUCACUUUAGCGAGUUUCAGUAUUUAAAAACUGGUAAGAGAGAGGUAUAUAGCUGCAGAGUACAAAUAUGUGUAGCUUUUACAUCCAAUCUCAAGAAACAUGCAAAAGAAUUACUUUUUCAAAAGUAAUAUGUAGCAAUGAUGACAAUUAAGAAGAAAAUAGUAAAAAAUAACAACAAUGAUUGCCUGGCUAUUAAAUUCACUUUAGCACAAAUAUGUAUUGAAUUCUAAAUGUAAUAGUGAUCAAUUGGCUAACAUAUCCAGUAAAUAACUUGCUCAAAAUAAGUGCACAGUGCAGGAACCAGAUAAAAGGUAUUACUGUAUGCUGAAGUACUAAAUAAAAAAAUUAUUGUAUAUA